AUGCGUCUACCCGCCCUCUCACUCAUACGUCCCUCCCUCCUACUCCUCUUACUAUCCACCUCUGUCUUGUCCUUACCUACAUCCACAACCACAAAAAAGGUCACAAAAACCGUUUUUGUCACCGCCGCCCCCACAAUAGACGCUCAUAACAAAGCUCAGGUGAAGCCCGUCGCAGCCAAGGGCGCACCCGCCCCAACACCAGCCGUCAUCCCCGUCCAACCACCAAACGCAAAGACACCUCCGCCCACAAGCCAAGAAAGCCCUCCAAAACCACCAAAAUUGCGCCGCCGGCAAGCUGCCGAAGUAGCAGAGUGUGGCAAGAACUCUCCCGGAAAGAAGUCAUGCCCAAACAACGCUUGCUGCUCGUUCUAUGGGAAUUGCGGCAUUGGAGAUGAUUUUUGCGGGAGCCCUGAUCCGGCGGCGCCGUGUCAAAAGGAUUAUGGACGCUGUGGGAAGUCGACAGCUGAGACGCCGAGUUGCAACGGGGCGAGUGCCAAGGCCAGGAAGGUGGGUUAUUAUUUGUCUUAUGCAUAUGAGAGAGACUGUGAUGCUAGCAAGCCAGAAAGCAUGAAAACAGCAGGACUGACACACAUCAACUUCGCAUUCGCCCUGUUUGACGGUGACAACUUUGACUUUUACCCCCAACGUGAGGGCGACGAGAAGUUAUAUGCAAGCUUCACUGCACUCAAGAGUGACAAGUUGCAGACUUGGAUCGCCAUCGGUGGUGGUCUCUUCAAUAAUCCCGACCAACCCACAAAAUCCAACUGGGCAACUAUGGCCUCCACUGCAGCCUCGCGUGCAACCUGGAUCGCAAACCUCAUAAAGUUCAUGGCAAAGCACGGCUUUCAAGGGGCCGAUCUAGACUGGGAGUGGCCAUGUGACCCAAUGCGCGGUGGUACACCAGCGGAUACAAAGAAUCAGGUCUUAUUACUGAAGGAGUUGAGGGCAGCAUUUGGAACAAAGUAUGGGUUGAGCUCGGUGCUGGUGACCGACUGGGCAGCGUUGAAGGAUAUGGACGUCAAGGGGAUGGAGCCAUAUGUGGACUUUUUCAACUUCAUGUCUUAUGACUACCACACACCUGUUGAUGUGCCGAAACCUGAUGCGCAGGCACUGUCGCACACGAAUAUCACAGAGACAGACUCGAAGCUUGUCCCACUCUGGCACGCGGGAAUAAAACCUGCUAAGAUCAACCUCGGGUUUGCACUCUACGGGAUGACAUACCAGAUGAAGCCCACCUGCCUCGAAGCCGGAUGUCCCUACGUUGCCAAAGGGACCGCCGGGAAGUGCUCUAAGGCUGCCGGCUCACUUACGAACCUUGAGAUUACAAGAUUAGUUGCAGCUGGUGGGGCUAAGAGCGUAUUACUUGAAGAUGCGCUGGUUAAGCAGACUUUGUACGGUGGUAACCAAUUAGUUCUACAUGAUGAUGCAGAGACAUUCGAGAGGAAAACAGCUUUUGCAAGCAAGAGAUGUCUGGGAGGAACAAUGUACUGGAGUGUUGACCAGGGACUUCAGACCUGA